UUUCUUUUUCUUUUUUCUCUCUUUUUUAUUAUUUAUAUAAAUAGAUCUAGAUACCUUUGUCUUAUUUUCUCUUUCUUUAUUUUUUCAAGAGACAAGUAGAUACUUUCAUGGGUAAUUCACCGUCUAAAAAGUUGAAACAGCCUUUUCAGAAACAUUUGAAAGAUACAAAUGUACUCGAGAAGAACAGCACAACAUCUACCAUAGCUGUAUUAAAAAAGCACAAUCCAUCAAUGUCCAUUUCAAACAAUAAUACAGAAAUGAACAUGUCAUCGUUUACAGCAUUACAUAGAACUACGUCAUUGCCACCUUCACCAACGAGUACUUUACCCCAAAGCAUUAAAAACGAUUAUAUCUUUCAUGGUAGAAAGUAUCAAAGCUACAACACUAAAUAUAUUUUACCCAAUGACGAGAUAGAGCAAGAUCGACUUGUGCAAGUGCACUUUAUUUAUAAAUUUUUAUUUGGAGGCAAUUUCUCAUCGCCAGUAAGAGAUUUGCUGUCACUGAAACAGCUGAAACGAAAUUCAGCCUCAAGUAGUAGUAAUGCACAGCAAUGGGAUUUACAGCCUCUACCUCAGCCCAAAGUACUAGAUAUUGCUUGUGGCACAGGUACAUGGAUCUUGGAAAUGGCCACUGAGUUUCCAGAGACUCAGUUCUACGGCAUCGAUAUUGCACCCAUUUACCCCACCACCAUCAAGCCUUCAAACACUUUUUUUAGUCAGCAUGAUAUAUUGAAUGGUUUACCCUUUCCCAACGAGUAUUUUGAUUAUAUACACAUGCGUCAUGUUUAUACCUGUUUUUCUGAAGAGGAUUGGACGACUGUCAUGAAUGAAAUAAAGCGAUUAUUGAAACCCGGAGGCUAUAUUGAACUUCGUGAACUCUAUCCAUUGCUCUACCAAAUGGGACCUAUAACACAUGACUUUUUCAAGCAUUUUAUCUGUGGCAUGAAAAAUCUACAUAAUGUAGACAUUGCCUGGGCCAAGAAAAUGUUUACUGUUCUUCAAGAAAUAGGCGAGUUUGCAGAUAUCCAUCGUCAAAUACGCCAGCUUUAUUUUGAUCUUCCUGGUACAAUUGGCAAUAUGGCACGCAACUCACUUCGCACAGCAUGCGAAAGUUAUCGACCUUUUUUCGAACAAGUGAACAACAUACCCAAUGAUGAAUACGAUAGAAUUCUAGAUGCAAUGGCACAAGAAAUCAUACAACACCACUCCUUUUUUGAUUAUUAUGCUUGUUGGGGAAGAAAGACACUUUGUGCUACCGAGUACCAUCAUCAAGACGUUGUGGAGUCUAUGCUGCAUGCAACUCGGCGAUAUUCUGUAGUACCUUCGACCAAAAGCGCAUCCUCGUCAUCUCAGAGUAGAAAGCGAACACAUUCAGACACUAUGGUGAGUCCAAACGAGAAGCCUUCCGUACUUUCCAUUAUUACCAUUGACCCUGAAAACCAUGAGGAAACUAAAGGCUCAGUGAUUCAGUGGGACGAAGAUACAAUUGAGUUAGGGCCAGAAAACCUUAAUGAUAUUUCUCAGUUUGCUGAUGGAUAUGAUGAUUAAUAACAUUGUAAAUAAUAUUGUACAGUACAUUUAAAUAUUUGUUUUUU